AUGCUUUCUCGACGAAUUGCUUCGGCUACGACGCGGCGCGUCGUCAGCCUUGGCGCGAGCCCCGUCCCCGUCAUCCAGAAACGAUUCUUCUUGCCUCCCUCGUUCAACUCGCCAGAGGUUAUCAACGAAAAGUACCCUGAUUAUCCCAAGCUCACCGAAGCCGAGGACCCCGGAAUGAACGGCGGUUACAUCAACCCCCGCGAUCAAGAGGCAAUUCCGCGAUCCCUACGGCGAGUGGUGGGAUCCUCAGGAGAGGAGGAACUUUGGGGAACCCGUGCACGAAGACAACGAUAUGCUCGGCAUCUUCUCCCCUACGAAUACACCUGGACCACCCCUGGAAAGGGUGCCCUGAUGUUCGCAACCGCCGCCGGCGUUCUCCUGUCCGCUAUCGGCCUCGUAUACCUCACGUACCCCGAUAUGAAGGCCGUCCCCAAAGAGUAUGAGGAUGGCCUAGAGAGGGAGCUGGGUGGAAGUGGCGCGGUGAGGGUACACGAGUUCAAGUACACCAUGCAAGAUCAAGCUAAUGUGAUGCACCGAAAAGAGUUUUCAUCUCCAGACGGUGUCGUAGGCCUGCCGACCAUGACCUGCUUCAUCCCUAGUCUCGAGCCAAACACGCCCUUCCACGUUUCCGUCCACAGCUGGAUUCAGGAGCCCGAGCUGAGCAUCUUCACAAAGCUCUCUCUCAGCAUCCCGAAACGAUCCAAUUCCAGGCUCGGCUAUAUUUUGACGGAUGCUUUAUUGGGUGAUGAGCAAUAUGACAGGUACCUAGAUCCUCUCGAUAAACUUACCCACAAGAACCUGCUUUUGCUCACAGUUCCCUCUGAUUAG